AUAAAACUACAUUUAUUAAAAUGAAAAGCUCAGUUCGAUGAUCGAGAGAGACGUAUAUCCCAUCCAAGUGUAUGAAGUACAACAACCUAAGGCCUCAGGGUCGGACAGUGGCUUCAAGACGACGCCAACAAGACCAACAUCAGACUUUAAGAAGAAGAAGAAGAAGAAGAAGAAGAAUUUUGAAAGAAGGAACGAUAAUGUUUUUAGAAAUGAAUAUAUUUCAAAUUGUAUGCAGACAGCGGCGCCAGAAAUCUUAAUCGAUACACAAAUACGAACAGUUCAGAGAAUACGAGUUAAGUGAAUCAGGUGUAGCUCUUGUAAAGAAUUAUAGAAGUGGGCCGCCUAUUGCGCACUGUCUACGUCUAUGCAGCACCAACGAGCAAUCUUGUGCCCUGCGGUCGACUACAGUUAAAGGCCUAGACAACAGGUUUUCUGUACGAGCUCUUGUCUAUAUAUACAGCACACACCACUACGACUAGUAGGAAAGUUAUCGACCAUCCGGGUCCUCUGUAUACCCCACUCAUACAGUAUAUACCUGGCGAUCUUCCUCUCACUUUCGAAAAGGAAAGCGAACUAUCAGAAAUGAAGCUGCUGUUGUCAGUUCUGUGCGUUGGCACUUGGAUUUUCGUCACCCCCGUUGAAAGUAGAGCUCUUUAUCGUUUUAGAAGAGCAGAAAUCUAUAGCGCUAAUGAAACAGCCUGCAUUGUGGAUGGAGUGCUGUAUAGUAAUGGAGAUCCUGUACCCAGUAGUGAUCCAUGUGAAAUGUGUAUUUGUCGCCUUCCGGGUUUUGCCUGUACUCUAACUGAAUGCGAAGAGAAGAAAGGUUGUCAGAGAGUAAAGACACCAGGAGAAUGCUGUUCCUAUCAAUGUGAAGGUGCAGCCGAAUCUACAUCAGUUGUAAGCGAAACCAAAGAACCUGAGAGUGAUUUAUUGAGCAUAACUACUACCGUUAAAUCUCUCCCUGUAGAAGUUUCUGAAGAUAGAGUGUCCACUAAGAUUCCAGAAGAUGAAGCUAAACAGACUGAUGGAGCCGUUGGAGAAAAUGUAAGUGUGCUCUCUGCUGAGCCCAAUAUUAAACCCGAGGAGCGCACCGCAGAAGCAGAAACAGGUGUAACAACGAAACAGCCAUCCGUUGAACUGACAACUAAAGAAGAACCUAAACAGCAAGAGGAAGAAACAAGCCCAAAAGAAGAAUCUUCAGAUUCACAAAUUACUACUACUGCCAAAGCACCAUCUUAUGCAUCGGGUCCUUCUGAAGAAGAACCCGUGAAGCCUAGUGAAGAAUCUGAAAAACCCAAAGAAGAACCGGAAAAACCUAAAGAACAAUCUGAACAAUCAACAGAAGAACCCGAAAAAUCAACAGAAGAAUCAGAAAAACCCAAAGAAGAACCAGAGAUAGCCAAAGAAGAAUCAGUGGUAGCCAAAGAAGAACCAGUAGUAGCGAAAGAAGAACCCGAGAAGCCAAUUGAUACAGAAGAGAGCAAAGGAGAAGUCGGAACGGAACAACCUAGUACCCAGAUUCCUUUGAAAAAGGAAGGACGUUCUGACGAAGAUGAAACAGCAACAUCAUCUGAAUCAAAUGAAGAAGUUCAUGUGGAUACAAAUGAAAAGCGCGUUGAAACAGAAAAGCCAACAACGGAACAAGUCGAAAGUUCAACAACUGCUGAAGUUAAAAAACAAGAUGAAGAAAAACCAAAAGAAGAAGAAAUCACCACACCAGUAUUAUAUAGACAGAAUGAAGAAUCAGCGAAAGAGAAAGAAGUUACUGAUAGACCAUCAGAAGAAGAACGUCCAUCCACUGAUGCCAGUACUAAAGAGCAACCAUUAAAAGCAGAAACAGCACCAGCUGUCAAAGAAGAAGUAACCGAAUUGCCAACUUCAACUUUAGAUAAACAAGAAGCAGGAAGAAGUCACGAAGUUACAACAGAUUCAACAGAAGCAUCGAGUGAAUCCAAACAGGAACCACCAUCGACACCAAAAUCCGAAGAAGAAAAAGAAACAAAAGUUGACGUUACUUCCACUACAGAGAGCGAAGAAAGAAAAACACAGCCAUCAAUAGAAGUAAGAAAGAGGUUUGUCGAUUGGGUAGAUUAUGUUCCACACGAUUUUCAAGUUUAGUCGAAAUUUUUGACGUAAUAAUUUUUUUUAACAAUUUAAAGUUAAAGCCUGUAUUUUUUUACACUGUUAUAUUUGUGGGCUAUUUCUAUGUAUUUUCGGGAACGGUUGUCAAAAAAGAUAUUUUUUUUUUUUUCCAUUUACACUUGCCAAAAAUAAUUAAGAUACGUGGAAUUGGACUUAACUAUAAAUUGUCCAAUUGUCUUGCACCAACUUUAUUGUAAGUCCAUGUGUUCGAUGAUGCUCUUUUGUAAAGAGCAGUGAUUACUGUUAUGAUUUUCAUAAAAGUACAUAGAAAGGUUUGGAGUAGAUUAUUAUUAUUUUUUUUAAUAAUUGUGCUAAUAAUCAGUAUCCGUCCAUUGUAAUGUCGAUCACUGUCAAGUCUUAAAAUAAACUUUGUAUUGUA